GCUGAGAGUCGAGCGGCAGGGAGCCCGGUAUAUGUGUGUGUGUGUGUGUGUGUGUGUGUGUGUGUGUGUGUGUGUGUGGUUUUUUUCACGCUGAUCCUCGCUGCUCGGUGUAUGUCUCAGUGAAGUUACAAGGGGACGUGGAUGAAAGUGAAGACUUGACCUCCGGUUGCCUCAGAACAGACAUCAGGCCUCGACGGAUAAAUCCUGAUCUCCUCUCAGAGCGAUGGAUGCGGAGGCGGUCCCGCAGGAGGAGGCCGCGGCGGGCUCGUGGGCGCUGUUGUCCUGGCUGGCGUCCUGCGUCAUGGUGCUCGGCGGGGCCCUGCCCUACGUGCCGCAGUACCAGGAGAUCCGGAGGAGCAGCAACACGGAGGGCUUCUCCACCCGAGUCUGUCUGGUGCUGCUCGUCGCCAACAUCCUGCGCAUAUUCUUCUGGAUAGGGAAGCAGUUUGAGAUGACCCUGCUGCUCCAGAGCGUGGUGAUGAUCCUCGCCAUGUUCGCCAUGCUCCACCUCUGCUGCGCGGUCCAGCACACCAACCGAGUGAGCACCAGGCGCCACCGGCUGUCAGAUCUGGACUUUCACUACUUCUGGCAGUGGAGCGCCUUGGAGGACUACCUGCUCUUCUGCUUCGGCUUCACCGUGCUGUGCGCCGUGGUCACCCUGCUGCUGCUCGACUCGCCCGUGUUCGUGGAGGCGCUGGGCUCCCUGGCCGUGACGUUCGAGGCCAUGCUGGGCCUCCCGCAGCUGCUGCAAAACUUCCACAACCGCUCCACCAAAGGCAUGAGUGUGAAGAUGGUGCUGCUGUGGACGGCGGGCGACGCCUUCAAGACCGCCUACUUUGUGAUGAACGAAAGCCCGACUCAGUUCUGGGUGUGUGGCUCGUUCCAGAUCCUGAUCGACGCCGCCAUCCUUCUGCAGGUGCUGCUCUACGGCCAGGACACGCGGGCCAAGCUCGGCUGAGCCCCCGGGCUCCUUCCCGCGGGACUUUUGAAAUCAACCUCCUCUGGAGUGUCGUCAGAGGAGACGCUAAGUGCCAAACCAAAGUCGGGUGUAAUGAAAAUGUUUCUGCGUCGGGCAUAUCAUGCAGACCCAACCAAUUUACCUCCCAAGUGCCAAGAAAUCAAUUUGAGCCUGUGUUCUAACAGCAGGUCUGCGCCGCUGCACUGGAAUCUACUGUCUGACUGAUGAGCCUCCCGCUUCACACGCCACACCUCACGGGAGCGUUCUCGUGAUUGUGUGUGUGUGUGUGUGUGUGUGUGUGCGUGCGCUCACUGGUGCGUCUGUACCUGCAAUUCAUUUUUGCCUGUCGGCCUCCAGCACCAAGCCGCAAGGCCACAGAACGUACAUCAGGCAAGGGUAACUUCUGUACAUGAGCCAUCAGUCAGUGCGUUACGACUCAGCUUGGUGUUUUGACUGACAAAGGUCUUUCACGCAGUUUCAAACGAACAGUGACUGUUACGGUACGUGGCCACGCCACCAUCCUUUGCACUUUACCUCGCAAAAUCUAUCGCAGACGCCAAAGAACAUGUCAGACUUCAGGUCAAACUUAUUUUUUUUCUAAAUAGGACAAUAUGAAUGAAUAUUUUGUGAACUUUUUUUUUUUUUACCCCUGUGCAAGAAAUGCGAAUGAAUGUGAAUGGCCCCUUUUUAAUAUCGAACAGUAUGGAAACUGUACCGUGUACAGCUAAAUCUAUUUUUACAGUACCAAUGCACAAAUUUAAAAAUUUAACACAAAUGUCAAAUUAUGUGAAUAUUCCGGCGACGCUAACUAACGAUAUUAUUGACACAUGGCAGCUCAAAGGGUGCUGAGGUACCCGAUUACUGAUAGAUUGAUUAUUUAUUGCGAAAUUCAAACAAGAGCACUCGGGGCGGAGCAGUACCCCAAAAAUUCCUGGAAAAAUACUCAGGUCUGGAUUUAAUCACCUGUUACCAUCCCCGAAACCUGUCUUUGGUCACAAAUUUCAAUGUAUAUCAGUCCAUCAUUUUUUGAGCAAUCGUUCAAACAUACAAACAAACAAACAAACCAAACCAAUCACAUAACCUCCUUGGCAGAGGUGAAACAGUAUACUGUAAGGUCAGUCAUGUGUCUGAUUGAAUGCCUGAUGGUGCGUUCACACCAAACACAAAGCUAAUUCUUUUGCACGAUGAAAUUACAUACAAAGUCAAUACGUAGAUAAUGCAAAAUACCUGUCAUUCGCUUAAGUUUUAAUAUUGAAAGCUCCAGCGAGAUAUUUCUAAGUUUAUUCACACGAGUAAACGCAAAUGAUCCUGUGUAGUUGUGUAGUUGUUUAUUUAAUUAUUUGUUUUGAGUCGAGGCUUAUAAAAUAUAAAUCGAGGGUGAAAAAGGAACCUCAGAAUAUCCUCCCCUUUUCUGAAAAGGGUUUUCGUACGUCAGUUAGGAAAUUUGAAGCAUCUCCAUUGACACAGAAACGUCCGUUUCAAAAGUGGACAGUGUUCUUUCAUGCAAGAAUAUUUUAUGCUUAGUCCCUUCGUGCUCCUGCAUGUAAAAGCUUCUGGUAGCAGCUGAGCUGCGGGAGAGAACAAGGUUGUAAACCGUAAUGAUGACUCGAGCGAGGUCAUUUGCUCAGAUCAUCUUAUUAGCCUCCCUCCCUCCCUCCCUCCCGCCUCAUCCCGCCGCCUGACAUGUGUUCCGCGUUGUUCACUUGUUGCUCGUCCCGAUUACAGACGGACACUUUCACUAAUCUGAACAUGUCCGGGAGAAUAAUGACAGCCAUUACAGAGACACUGAAACCUCAACCCUUUCCAAAAUGAAAAAAAAACAAAAAAACUAUUUUGUUCAGAAGCUCUGUUCAAAACACAGAUUGAACAAAUGUAGCCUCGAGGAGCAUCGCGUCUCUUUCGCCUGUUUCUCAGCGGCUUCCUAUUUUACAAAAGCACUGCGGGAUGAAGCACAUCGGUACCAGCUGCUGAUCAGCAGUCGGCACAGGCUCCUCUCUCCCCCUCGGCUUCAUUAAGUAAUAAUGCGAUCUGCUUAUUAUUAAGUCUUUCUGUCGCCUCUUCAACUCAACAAUUUGUGUCCAGCUGUUAAUCUAUACCUGUCGUGUGUGUAGCUUCCCUUCAGGGAAACUUCAUGGGUAAAGUGCUCGUGUUAUGCCUUUCGGGGUUUUUUUUCUUCCUUUAUUUCCUUCUCUCCCACUGAAACACUGAGUGAAGAGCCUGGAACGCCUCGUCUGCAUCUCAUCAGUGAGACUCUGGGUAAGACAUGUACAGUAUGAGAGAAAUAAUGCGUAUUUUUAGUAUUUAGUAUUAGUAUUUCAUUAUCACUGAAUGCAUUAAAGCAAUACUUUCAUAUUUUGGGUAAUACUAGGUUGAAGAUUGAUGCCAAACUCUUGUCUGUCCAGCAAAUCCUGUAAAAUAUGUUACAAACAAACAACAGGGUUAUGUGGUUAUGUGCCAGUCUUUUGGUUUCAAUUUAAAAAUGUGUGAUUUUUACAUUUCAGAAUCAAACGUGUGUGUGAGUGUUAUAUAUGUUUCUAUACAUGAGACUACUAUACUAUACGUGGUAUCGAUCUCGUCAAAGUCAUUGUGAACAAACCAUUAAUUUAGGCUUAAUCAUCACAUUUCAAAUCUUGUUAUUAAUAAAUGAAAGGCACUAAGAUCAAACACCAAAGAAGAAGCUGACACAAUCUCAAUGGAGAUGUUUGUGUGCGUCACCUGCAUGUGAACAAAACAUACUCGCAGGGAAUGUUGGAAAAUCUUUGGAGAAGAUGUUGCACCUCACAUCAUGUGCCACAUUAUGUUUGCAUCAUUAAAUGCUUCUCUGCUUGUGCCGAGAAGUCAAUAUAUAUAUAUAUAUAUAUAUAUAUGUUGCAAUCAGUCUUAAUGAUAUUCACAGAUCCUCUUUGUGUGGCUGUCUGUGUACCUGCAUUCUUCAGUUACAGUUACCGGACAUUGGCCGUAUUGUGAGACGUGGGAAUCUUAUCGCCUCUGGCCUGAACACCACAGCUGUAUACUGCCGCGUUGUAUUAUUCAUGAAUUCUCUAUGCUCUUAUCACUCGAUCCAGAUGUGUAUCUUUAUAUCGUUUCUUUCCCUUCAGCAGAGGCUCAGAAUAGCAGCAAUGCUGGAUUUAGUUUAAUAUCUGGGCUCCCUGUGGCUUGUUCUUCUCGUGGGCAGUAGGACAAGUUAACACACACACACACACACACACACACACACACACACACACACACACUGCCUGGCUGUGAUAAUCCCUCAACCACAUUCUCAUUAUGGUCAACACACCUAUUGCCUCACCACCACACGUGGGUGGUUUGUCUUCUCUGAGGAGGGAGAGUGGUCGGACUGUUGCAUGCACCUCAUGCAAGAUAUAUAUUUUAGAUCUCAUGUGUAUCUUGAAAUGAUUUUUUUCAGCUGCAUCAAAAGUAAAUCAAAGACUUAUGAGAAUUUGUGUGAAUUUCAGUUACUGUAUUAACGUUUGCUGACGAUAUAUAUUUACAGGAUCAGUGUAAAACACCUUACGUGUCCAAUAUUGGUUUUCUUUUCUGUCUUAUGGAGAUUGUACAUGUAUGAAUGUGAAAUAUGUAUCAUGUUAUACUCUCAAAUAUAAACUAUUUAUAUUCCA